CCCUCCGCGGCUCGUCCUCAGACCGCAAUUCAACGCACACCGCUCGCCACAACCGACAUGUCAAUACUCACCGCAUUGCUCACCAUUGGUGUGAUUGGGUGGAGUUUGGGCCAACCGAUCCUUCCAGCAUUACCUUAUCCACCGUACCAAUUGGUGUAUUUAACUCCUCCACAAAGACUUUAUCAAGUUAUAGAGCCAGCUCAGCCAGUUCUGAACAACCGGGUGUCAGAAGUCAAUUCUGGUGAUGAUACAGUGGAUGUGGCACAAGCGAAUGAUGACGAAAAUGAAGAACAAUAUGAAGUUUCUCAAUUUCACUCAGAAGAUGACAAUGGAAGGGUUGUUUUUGGGUUCCACAGCCCUGAUCAAAUAAGAAUGGAGGCAAGAGAUUCUGACGGGACCGUCAGAGGAUCGUACAGUUACAUUGACGCAAAUGGAAAUAUUGUCCGGAUGCAUUACUGGGAUGAUGGGUCUGGUUUUCACGCAGCGGGUAACAACCUUCCUGUAGCAGUACAUCAAGUUCCAGAGUACACUCCUGAAGUCCAAGCAGCAAGAGAUCAGCACUUUAGAUUGUAUGAAGCAACACUGGCCUCACUUCAGGCAGCAAUGGAUCAAAGUUCUGAAGAAAACAGCGAUAAGAAAAAGGAUGAAGAUUAUGCUGAGCAACCUGUCUAUUCUGAUUUGGAUCACGAUUUGGACAACCCUUCCGAUCACACAGUAAUAAUUGAAAACGGUGUCCCCAAGCCUGACCGCCCUGAAUACUCCAAAAUCCCUCUCUUCGUUCAAGCAAACCAAUUUUUAGAUCAAACAUUUGAUGAUGAUAAAGAGUCAAUAUCUAUCGACAAUCCUGAUUUCCGAAGCCAAGUACCACAAUGGGUCAUCAGGCAAGGUAAAAGUGAUGCAGAAUCGCACUAUGAAGGGUCGAAGGGUGAGAAAAAGCCAGAUGUAAAACUAGUAAAAACUGAAAAUCCAAUCUCACUAGAGAAAAAAAUUGAUAUCAAACCCAAUGCGAAAGGUGAGUACAAUCCACAAACAAAAGAGAUAACAGGAGGAAAGCGAGCAUUUUACUAUCACUUUAAACAUCUUAUUCCACUAAAUAAAGGUUUAGUUGAUCAUGCACCAAGUGAUACCGCUGCCAAAGCAAAACAAGCAGGAGAUAUACCAGUUGCCGCUGUUCAGGACUCACAGUCUUCAUGGCAAAUAAGCUCUGUACCAAACUUGCAAGUUUACCCAGUCUAUCACCCUGAACAAAAUUCAGAGGAAAGAAAUGAAUAAAUUUAAUACCCUGCCUGAAAACGACCUAGAUAGCAGUGAAAUGGAACUGAACCACAACAAACAUUGUAAUGAAAAUAUGCUUUUUAAAACAAUGUUUCCUUUUUCAAAUGUGAUGUAGACUGUAAAUUUAUUGUUUUUAUUUUCUUUUCAAUUUUAAUUCUUCAUAAAUAUUUCUGUAGGCCUUUUUCACUCUUGCCAUCAUGAAAUAUUAUUUAUUAUGUGUGUAGGCAUUUUAGUGAUGUGUUAGUGAACCGAUUAGAAUAAAUUACUGAAAAGAGAGGAUUUUUCUAUAAUAAAUGUCAGACAGCAUUUAUUCUUUAAAAAAUCUAAUUAUAAAAUAUACGAGUGUACAACUGAUAUUAUAGAUUAAUCCCAACGAAUCUCUCUAAAUUGCUAUUAAAAAAAUAGUUUAUAAAUUGAGGCCUUUUUAAUAAAUUUACACAUGUGAAGCUUAUUUAAUAUGUAGAAUAUUUAUAAUGCCUGUAAAGUGUGAACGUUUUGCUCAGCGAUUGUAUUUUCAAAAUAUACUUUUUAUCAUCAAAUA